AUGAAAGCCGACAAGAUUGAUAGUUUGCCAGGACAGCCUCAAAGGGUGAAUUUUGAUCAGUAUGCAGGCUAUGUUACUGUUGAUCCUAAGAAUGGAAGAGCACUGUUCUAUUACUUCGUUGAGUCACCUCACAAUUCUUCCACAAAACCACUAGUUUUAUGGCUUAGUGGAGGGCCAGGAUGCUCAUCUCUCGGAUAUGGAGCCAUGGAAGAAUUGGGACCUUUCAGAGUCAACAGUGAUGGAAAGACACUGUACAGAAAUGAGUAUGCAUGGAACAACGUUGCAAAUAUUAUCUUUUUGGAAUCUCCUGCCGGAGUUGGGUUCUCGCAUUCAAAUACUUCCUCGGAUUACAUCACCGGCGAUAAGAAAACAGCCGAGGAUUCUUACACUUUCCUGGUGAACUGGCUAGAGAGAUAUCCACAAUAUAAAAAUCGUGACUUUUACAUAACAGGAGAAAGCUACGCUGGACAUUAUGCGCCUCAGCUUGCUUAAACAAUUCUCUUCAAUAAUAAUAACUCGAAUCAAACUAAAAUCAACCUCAAAGGCAUUGCCAUUGGAAAUGCAUGGAUAGAUGAGAAGACGGGCAUAAAGGGAACAUUUGAUUAUUACUGGACACAUGCUCUGAAUUCUGACAAAACCCAUGCAGGCAUAAACAAGUAUUGUGAUUUUGUUACUGGAAAUUUCUCAAACAUCUGUCAUCAAUAUCAGAACUUAGGUGACGGAGAAAUUGGCAAUAUUGACAAUUACAACAUUUACGCACCACUCUGAGAUCAAUCUGAACAAAAUUCUGGAUCAACCGGUGCUGUAAGUUUUGAUCCAUGCUCCGAUAACUAUGUAUACUCGUAUCUUAAUCUUGAUGAGGUGCAAACGGCUCUUCAUGCAAAGCCCACAAGAUGGGAAUCCUGCUCGGGUCUUGUAAAUUUUACAGAUAGCCUACCAACAAUUUUACCUACGAUAAAGCAGCUAAUGGCCAGUGGAAUUAGGCUCUGGAUAUACAGCGGGGACAUAGAUUCAGUAGUAUCAGUAACGUCAUCUAGGUAUGCCAUAAACACCUUCAAACUUCCAAUUCAUACAGCUUGGCGCCCAUGGUACACCAGUGAGGUUGGAGGAUAUGUUGAGGAGUACAAAGGACUUACAUUUAUCACAGUUAGAGGAGCUGGUCAUGAAGUUCCAAGCCACCAACCAGAGCGGGCACUAGCCAUGAUCUCAUCUUUCCUUCAGGGAAAACUUCCCUCAGAAAACCAUCUUUCUGGCAACAAGAAAAUGGAAUUAAUAACUCUCAAAUCAUUCUUGCUAUUGCUGCUUCUCUCUUUCCACGUUCCAAGCGAUGCUAACCAGAUCAACACCCUCCGCAAAUUUAUUAGAUCUCAUAAACGCCAUGUUUCUUUACACACUGAGCCCUGGAACGAAGAAGCUUACAGGUUGCGGUCAUCGGUAUAUGUAGGACGUCAAGAUGGAUUAAUGAAAGCCGAUAAGAUUGGUAGUUUGCCAGGACAGCCUCAAGGAGUGGAUUUUGAUCAAUAUGCAGGCUAUGUUACAGUUGAUCCUGAGAAUGGAAGAGCACUGUUCUAUUAUUUCGUUGAGUCACCUUACAAUUCUUCCACAAAACCAUUGGUGUUAUGGCUGAAUGGAGGGCCAGGAUGCUCAUCUUUUGGAUAUGGAGCCAUGGAGGAAUUGGGACCUUUCAGAGUCAACAGUGAUGGAAAGACACUGUACAGAAAUAAAUAUGCGUGGAACAACGUUGCAAAUGUUAUCUUCUUGGAAUCCCCUGCCGGAGUUGGGUUCUCGUAUUCAAACACUUCCUCGGAUUAUAUCACUGGCGACAAGAAAACAGCAGAGGAUUCUUACACUUUCCUGGUGAACUGGCUAGAGAGAUAUCCACAAUACAAAACUCGCGACUUUUACAUAACAGGAGAAAGCUAUGCUGGACAUUAUGCACCUCAGCUUGCUUACACAAUUCUCUCCAACAACAAUAACUCGAAUCAUACUAAAAUUAACCUCAAAGGCAUAGCGAUUGGAAAUGCAUGGAUAGAUCAGAACACCGGCUUAAAGGGAACAUAUGAUUAUUACUGGACACAUGCUCUGAAUUCUGAUGAAACCCAUGCAGGCAUAACUAAGUAUUGUGAUUUUGUUACUGGAAAUUUCUCAAACAUUUGUUAUCAAUAUCAGGACUUGGGCGACAGAGAAAUUGGCGUUAUUGACAAUUACAACAUUUAUGCACCGCUCUGCGAUCAAUCUAAACUAAAUUCUGUAUCAACAGCUUCUGUCAAAGAUUUUGAUCCCUGCUCCAGUAACUAUGUACACUCGUAUCUAAAUCUUACUGAGGUGCAAAAGGUCCUUCACGCAAAGCCUACAGAAUGGGAUUCUUGCUCGGUUGUUCUAGAUUAUACAGACAUCCCUCCAACAGUUUUACCUACGGUAAAGCAGCUGAUAGCCAGUGGAAUUAGGAUCUGGAUAUACAGCGGGGACACAGACUCAGUAGUAUCAGUAACAUCAUCUAGGUACGCCAUAAACAACUUCAAACUUCCAAUUCAUACAGCUUGGCGCCCAUGGUACACUAGCAGUGAGGUUGGAGGAUAUCUUGAGGAGUACGAAGGAAUUACACUUAUCACUGUUAGAGGAGCUGGUCACACAGUUCCUAGCUACCAACCAGAGAGGGCCCUAACCAUGAUCUCAUCUUUCCUCCAAGGAAAACUUCCCCAUAAAACCAUUGAAAGCCAUUCCUCAUAGCAGUUAUAGUUUAGCAUUUCAGAUUCUGCUUUAAAUCCUGCUAAAUAAAAAAAAAAUUAUAAAGAUAUCUGCAUUGCAACUAGAAUUAAAUUUACAAGCUUUGCGUGAAGCAACCUAAUUAGCUGAAGAGAUCGGCCAAUUUUUUUUUUUUUUAAUUUCAUAUUUAAGAAUAAAUCCACGGUAGCAUUAUCAAUACAAAUUAAUACAAAAUCCAAUAUCCUUGUGAGAUUUUGAAUUGCAAA